AUGACCGCUUUUACUUCAAUCAAAGCUCGUCAGAUCUUCGACAACCAUGGCAAUCCAACCGUCGAGGUUGAUAUUACUGUCUUCGAUGGCACUUUCGCUAGAGUCGUUGUUCCUAGCGGUGCAUCUACUGGAAUUUAUGAGGCUCUUGAGAUAAGAGAUGGAGGAUCUGACUAUCUUGGAAAGGGUGUAUCAAAGGAUGUUGACAAUAUGAACACCGUCAUUUCCCCAGCAUCAAUCGGAAAGGAUUCAACCAAGCAGACUGUUGAUUUCCUUGAAGGCACGUGGAGAUUUAGGAGGGCUGUAAGGCCCAUGUUGCCUCUUAGUUUUUAUUUUAUGCAACCGAGUCUUCUUCUGGUGGAUGGGUGA